GAGAUUCUAAAGAUUAUUUUAACUUUAAAAUAAGACAUAGGAAUUAAUGUUUUUUCACCACACAUAUGAAGGAAGAGAGCAUCGGUGGCUCAGUGGUAGAAUGGUAGACUUCUUGCCUUCUGUUGUUUAGUUGGUGCUGUGUGAAAGAUAAUACCAACCCCUCUUUUUUUUUUUUUCCCGAAAAGAUAACUGAACUAAAUGGACCAAAAGAACCUAACAGCGAUGACUGAAUUCAUUCUUAUUGGAGUCACAAGGCACCCUGAAAUGCAGCUGCCCCUUUUGGGGGUCUUCCUCCUCAUCUACAUGAUCACAGUGAUGGGAAACCUAGGCCUGAUCAUCCUGACCAAGGUGGACUCCCGCCUACACACGCCUAUGUAUUUUUUCAUCAGACACCUGGCCUUCAUUGAUCUUGGUAAUUCUACCGUCAUUUGUCCCAAGAUGCUGGUAAAUUUUGUUGUGAAUCAAAAUAUCAUUUCCUAUUAUGAAUGUGCCACACAGCUGGCUUUCUUCCUUUUGUUCAUUAUCAGUGAGUUUUUCAUCUUGUCGGUCAUGGCCUAUGAUCGCUACGUGGCCAUCUGUAACCCUCUGCUGUACGAUGUUAUCAUGUCCCCAAGACGUUGCCAUGUGCUUGUGGGUAUUCCAUACCUCUAUAGUACAUUUCAGUCCCUUAUGUUCACCAUUAAGAUUUUCACUUUGACCUUCUGUGGCUCUAAUGUCAUCAGUCAUUUCUACUGUGAUGAUGUCCCCCUGAUACCUAUGCUCUGCUCAAAUGCACAAGAGGUACAGCUGUUGAUCAUAAUGUUUUCAGCAUUUAAUCUGAUUUCCACCUUGUUGGUUGUCCUGCUGUCCUACCUGCUGAUUCUGUUAGCCGUAUUUCGAAUGCAUUCUGCUGAGGGCAGGAGAAAAGCUUUCUCCACAUGCGGUUCUCAUCUGACAGUGGUGGUUGUGUUCUAUGGGACCCUACUCUUCAUGUAUUUGCAGCCCAAAUCUGCUCAUUCAUUUGAAACUGACAAAAUGGCCUCAGUGUUUUACACUUUAGUCAUUCCCAUGCUUAACCCCUUGAUCUACAGCUUAAGGAACAAAGAGGUAAAAAAUGCCUUCCACAGGAUCAUUAAGAAUCCAUGAAAUCUUUGUAUUUAGUAUUCAAAAUGUGAUACUGUUCUGAGGCAGAUAUCACUGGAUGAUAUUUCUACAAUGCAGAAUAACAUUCUCUUUGGCACCAGAGCUAAGACUAACUAAAUGCAGAAACAAAUACUUUAUAUAUACAUCCAAAUUAAUUCUCAUAAUAUAUACCCCAAAUUAAAUACCAGUUCUUCCUCAUCACAGCUUGCUUCCUAUUCAUUCCUUCCUUAUGUGAUUCCGUUAGAACUUAGAACCUCAUAGUUCCCCCACAGAAAUAUUUAUUCUGCAACUAUUCAGUAAACUAUGUGUUUGUUCAACUGAG